AUGCGUUUAUCUUCAGGCAUUCUCUUGGCUUGCGCCUCAAGUACAUUUGGCCAAUUCACGAGGUUCUCAAAUACUAGUACCUCUGUUGUUGGGACCUCGACCUCUCCCAUAGGACAGACUUCGUCUACCGAAGCGACCACCACUAGUCAGGAGACAACAACUUCUUCUUCCGCCCCGGACUCGAUUGAGCUCGAUCUUCGUUCCGCCAUCCUCGGUCAGGGUGCUUCCUUCUACCCACCUCCCGAUGGCAGUCAGAUCCUCAUGCAUCCCGUCGUAUCUGACCAAGCUCUUAACCGUCGUGCCCCCCCAUUUGUUCCUCCCCCUAGCCCUUAUUCCUAUUCCAACAUCUCAAUAGCUGCAAUUGUCAAGGCUGCGGGCAUGCCUAGCGUGCUUCUCCUUAAAUUCAAUGUGACAAUGACCUGCAACGACUGCGCAAGAAAGAUCAAGCGGGAAACGCGCAGCCCUUGCGUUUUUGAAGUCCUCGUCGGCGGCGAGGUUAUCGCUGCUGAGCCGAUUGUGUCAUCACAAGACGGUCUUUUAAUAACGACCAACCCUUAUGAUAGUACGGAGCCAUUCAAUUUGGAAAUCCGACAGACUUGUAAUGGUGAGAUUAUUGAUGCACUGGUUAAUGGUGUAACUCUCAAAGCAGGUUCUGGUGCAACUUCUAAGCCUAUCCCUUCAAUCAUCAUCGGGCCUGAAACUGGCUCUGCUACAGAAACCAACAGCCAAGGUGCUACUACAAGGAGUGACGCUGAUACCGUCAUUCCUACCGUGACUGAUAGUGCUGAGUUCACCACAAACUCUCAAGGCCAGACUGUCUUCCCUACUGGUACUGACAGUGAGGGAGCUACCACCAACUCCGAGGGGGAGACUGUUUUCCCCACGGGCACCCAAACGGACGACUCAACAAACAGCGCCGGCGUCACUACCAAUCCUCAAGGCGAAACCAUCAUCCCUACCGGCACCCAGAGCGAUGACUUCACCAACAGUGCUGGUUUCACUACCAACUCUGAAGGCGAGACUGUCUCCCCCACUGGAACUGCUACUGACACUUCCCUACCUCCUUCUUUCACUUCUCCCACAGGCUUUCCAAGCGACAUUGGUACUUUUACUCUCUUUGGAUGUGUUGGCUCUACUGCUGGUUUCCCUACCUUUGAGCUCGCGGACUCAAACGCAUCCAUGGACCUCAAUGCCUGUGCCGCUCUCUGCAACAGACGUGCUUACUUUGGUGUCUAUGAUAUAUCUUGCUACUGUGGUGAUCAGAUUGAUCCUGAUGAUACCAGCCAGGUCAGUCUUGACCAGUGCGGUAUCGAGUGUCCUGGAGACGAUAGUCAGUUUUGCGGUGGUGAAUCUCGCAGCGACAAGCUUCGCGCCCGACAGAACAUCUCUAACAGACGACUUCUCACUGUCUAUAUCGCUGCCGAGGCUGGUGGUACUGUUACUGACUCUGUUACCCAAACCGUAACUGACCGGGAGACUGUCAUUACGACAUUCACCACCACCGUCACGGGCGCUACAGCCAUAACCACCCAAGCUGUCACAACUACCCUGGUAUGCCUUGCUGGCAAAUGCUACUCUACCAGCUCUAGCGAUGCUACUGUCUACGUCUUUGUUGAGAUCAACGGCAGUGAGUGCGAUGGCCAAUGGGUAUACAUCUCUGAGCCCUGUGCUUGCGCUGGUGGCCAAAGAUAUGUUCCCCAGUUUUGCACAGGAGGUAGCUGCUCCAGCCUCAAGGUUCACAAGGCUGAAGAGUGUCAUGAUUGGUAUAACUACAAGUCUUUCUUCGUGGCUUCGGAUUGCGCGACUUGCGCCGAAGGCAAGUCUGUUUACUUGCCUUGGGAGAACUCUUGGGGUACACCUGAUAACUGCAAUGGUGAUGUUCCUAUUUGCAACGGAUACGACUGUCCCAGCAAACCCAAUGGUGGUGGAUCUCGCAAUGGUGGCUACCCUGGUCAUAAGGGGAACUCGAAUACCCCUCACGAAGGAUUGAAAGGAGGUGCCAAUGGAUAUUCUCACAUAGUUUCCAACGGAGGUUCCAGCGACGGUUCGCAAGGUGGCUCAAACGGUGAUUCCAGCUCGGGCUAUCACGGAACUCCCAACGGAGGCUCUGAUAACGGCUCUAACUCUGGCUCUAACGGCAGUCCCAGCGGUAGUUCCAAUUCUGGCUCUCAAGGCUCUCACGAUUCCAACGGUGGUUCCAAGGGUUCUGAGGCUGGAGGUCAGCCUAGCAAUGUCCCUGUCGUUGUCAGCGGUGCAAGUAGGCAGACCACCAGUGCGUUUGGUCUCUUUGCUAUUCUUGCAGCCUUUCUCUAA